CAUUUGCGCUGGUAAUGACACUUUUGACAGUUGAAAACUGCAAGACUUUAUUCCUUUCUUUUUCAAUAUCCGGUUCACGCAAUUGUUGAUCCUACAAAACAAAAAUGGCACCCAGAAAGGCUAAAGCUCAAAAGGAAGAAGUCCAAGUGUCGUUGGGCCCACAAGUGCGCGAUGGUGAAUACGUUUUCGGUGUUGCACACAUCUAUGCUAGCUUCAACGAUACCUUCGUUCAUGUUACCGAUUUGUCUGGCCGUGAAACCAUUGCUCGCGUCACUGGUGGUAUGAAAGUGAAGGCUGAUCGUGAUGAAGCUUCACCCUACGCCGCUAUGUUGGCUGCUCAAGAUGUCGCUGAAAAGUGCAAAACUCUUGGCAUCACUGCUCUGCACAUCAAAUUGCGUGCUACCGGUGGUAACAAGACCAAAACCCCAGGACCCGGUGCCCAAUCAGCGCUCCGUGCGUUGGCUCGUUCUUCAAUGAAAAUUGGACGCAUCGAAGAUGUUACACCAAUCCCAUCAGAUUCCACACGCAGGAAGGGUGGUCGUCGUGGUCGCCGUCUAUAAACUGGAACAUAUUCUGUUCUUUGUGCGUAUAUUUUGUUGUUUGUACGCAUUUGCGUACGGCAGAAAAGUGGAAACAGAAAAAAUACAGAUUUUUUAAUAUAAGUGGUGAAAACUUUAA